GUGACGUUUCCACCCAUCAACAUGUUCAUAACCCAUGGUACAUGUCAAGAUUGGCUUAUUUUAAUAUUUCCGACUGCACCUGAAGGCAGCGGGAGAGCGGAGGUGGAGACAGAGGUAGAAUCUGAACAACAGCGCGAGAGAGAGAGAGGGAGAGAGAGAGAGAGAGAGAGGGGGAAAGAGAGAGAGAGAGAGAGAGAGAGAGAAAGAGAAGCUAAUACACCCAUGAACAACAGCGCGCGAGAGAGAGAGAUAGAGAGCUCCAGCCCUCAGCCGUCUGCUAGCUGCUAGCGCCACUACUCUCUGCCUCGUCUCCCGUUGUUCUACAGAUCGAACCCACGUCCGCUCGUCCUCUAGCUAGCUCAUAUAUGAUUCCAUCAGCUCUCCGUCGAGUGUGUCUAACCCGGUAGAGAUGGUCGCCAGUAGGUAGCUCGGUUAACGCGAAGACAAAAGGACAUCUCUCUCUGUCUCUCUGUCGUUGACCGCAGCCUGGUGGAGAUCUGCGGAUGACAGUUUGUGUGUAAACGUUUGUGAAGCAGCUACAAGCUCCCAGCAGUCCUGGUUCCUGUAGAAGCAGCAGCAACGGGAGCAGCAGCCGACUGUCAGGAUGAAGUUCACCGAGCAUCUCUCCGCUCACAUCACCCCGGAGUGGAGGAAACAGUACAUCCAGUAUGAGGCUUUCAAAGAGAUGCUGUAUGCUGCUCAGGACCAGGCCCCAUCUAUUGAAGUCACAGAUGAGGAUACAGUUAAGAGGUACUAUGCCAAGUUUGAGGAGAAGUUCUUCCAGACAUGUGAAAAAGAACUGGCCAAGAUCAACACCUUCUACUCUGAAAAGCUGGCUGAGGCUCAGCGGCGCUUCGCCACGCUGCAGAACGAGCUGCAGUCCUCGUUGGACGCCCAGAGGGAGAGCUGGGCCAGCGGGCGGGGCCUGAGAAGGAGGAAGACGGUGUUCGCCCUGUCGCAGCAGGAGCGAUGCAAACACCGAAACAUAAAAGACCUGCAGCUGGCCUUCUCCGAGUUCUACCUCAGCCUCAUACUGCUGCAGAACUAUCAGAACCUGAACUUCACCGGUUUCAGGAAGAUCCUGAAGAAGCACGACAAGAUUUUGGAGACGUCGAGGGGGGCUGACUGGAGGGUGGUCCAUGUUGAAGUGGCUCCAUUUUACACAUGCAAGAAAAUCACACAGCUCAUCUCUGAGACAGAGGCAUUGGUCACAACAGAGUUGGAAGGUGGUGACAGGCAGAAGGCCAUGAAGAGGCUGAGGGUACCCCCCCUAGGAGCUGCACAGCCUGCUCCUGCUUGGACCACCUUUCGAGUGGGCCUUUACUGUGGAGUAUUCCUGGUCUUACUAGUCACUGUGGUCAUUACAGGAGCUGUGGUGAUCCGUAGUGCUGAUGUUUGGCCUAUGGUCAGAAUCUACAGAGGAGGCUUCCUGUUAAUAGAAUUCCUCUUCCUGUUAGGCAUCAACACCUACGGCUGGAGGCAGGCGGGCGUUAACCAUGUACUCAUAUUUGAACUCAACCCCAGAAACAACCUGUCACAUCAGCAUCUGUUUGAGAUUGCAGGUCUGUUGGGGGUGCUGUGGUGCGUCAGCCUGCUGUCCUGCCUCUUCCGUGAUAGCAUCCUGGUACCAAUGCAGGCUAACCCUCUUGCUCUCUACGGCCUCUUCCUCCUCUUCCUCAUCAACCCCUUCAAGACCUGCUACUACAAGUCACGCUUCUGGCUGCUCAAACUCUUGUUCCGAGUGGUGACCGCUCCGUUUCACCAUGUGGGCUUCGCAGACUUCUGGCUGGCUGACCAGUUGAACUCUCUGGGUGUGGUUCUGAUGGAUCUGGAGUACAUGAUCUGUUUCUACAGUUUUGAGCUGGACUGGAAGAAUCAUGAUGGACUCAUCAGCAGUGAAGGUAAAGAUGUGUGUAACUCCUACUCCUAUGGUGUCCGUGCGGUGAUCCAGUGUCUUCCUGCUUGGUUCCGAUUCGUCCAGUGUCUGCGGCGUUACCGUGACACCAAACGGGCCUUCCCUCACCUGGUUAACGCAGGGAAAUACUCCACUUCCUUCUUUGUUGUCACCUUUGCUGCCCUAUACAGCACACAUAAAGCUGAAUCCCACGCUGAUGCCCAGAUCUUCCUCUACUUGUAUAUCGGCUGUUUAGUGGUCAGCUCAUGUUACACGCUGGUCUGGGAUCUGAAGAUGGACUGGGGCCUGUUUGACCGCAACGCAGGAGAGAAUACCUUUCUGAGAGAGGAGAUAGUCUACCCACAUAAGGCCUAUUACUACAGUGCCAUAGUGGAGGAUGUGCUGCUGCGUUUUUCGUGGACUUUAACUCUCUCUCUCAGCACAGUCUCCGGGUUUCACGGCAUCUCUGACAUACUGGCGACUAUACUGGCCCCAAUGGAGGUCUUUAGACGUUUUGUGUGGAACUUCUUCCGAUUGGAGAACGAACACCUGAAUAACUGUGGUGAGUUCAGGGCCGUCAGAGACAUUAGUGUGGCUCCGCUCAAUGCUGAUGACCAGACACUGCUGGAGCAGAUGAUGGACCAGGAGGACGGAGUCAGGAACAGGCAGGGCAAGAAGAGCUGGAAGAGGAGCUACAGCAUGAGUCUACGCAGACCACGACUGGCCUCACAGUCCAAGACCCGUGACACCAAGGUUCUGAUAGAGGACACCGAUGAUGACUCCUGACAUCAGGCCACGCCCCUCGCCUGGGUCCAGAAUUUAUUCAAAGGAGGAAACUCCACCUCCUAACCGAGGAAUUACCCAGCGAGUCGGGCGUUGAACUCUCAGCCAAGGACGGGUUUUAAACUCUCAUGCCUACGUAAUCCUUUCUCCAAUGCUUGAGCCUCUACAUGGGUUCAGAACUAUUUGAAGUAUUUCAAGGGAGGAACUUUCACCUUUUGAACAAACAACCCAGCAACAUGGCUAUCAAAGUCCUACUUCUACUCCUACUUUCAAUAAUAAUCAGGGGUGGGCUUAUCACUUAAACUCUACCUUACCCAAGCAGUGGGUGAAAAACGUUUCUUCCUGUCAUCCACAGCCACCUAGAGGUGGACUCUUUAACUACACCCACUCCUCAGCCAUUGCUUGGGCUCUCCUAAAAGCCUCAGCCUAGCAUGAACAAUGCAGCUAAAUGGAAUGCAAGCCGAUCACCCUGACAGGAAGUGUCCCCGCUCCCUCUCGGUGCCACGCCGCUCCCACACGGGGAGAGGCCGACAACUUCAAGCCUACUGUUGAGGACCAAAAGGUUUUCUCCCUGCCUUUAGCUGUUAGUCUCCAUCUACACCACACCUCAAGAGAUCUCCACUCAACUUGUAAUUUGGACCUCAGAAUGAACCUUAAGCCCCCUUUUUCCAAUGAGAGAAUAAAAAGGGUUGAAAAGUGUCCUCCUCCUUCCGGCGACUUUUUAGGCCUUGUGACCUUCUCCUUCUCCCUAACCCUCGGCCAAUAGACUAUGCUGACGAACAUUUGGUAACAUCAAUCAGUCACUGGCUUGACUCCCUCACUCUUCAGCUUGCCCCUUCAAAUCAUCACAGAGCUGCCUACCUGCACCUUAAUCGCUUUAGAAACACACACACACACAAAUAGUGGUGUGAAUUGGAGUGUAAUGCCUAUUGUGUGUUCACACACACACAAAUAGUGAUCUCAUUUGUUUUAUUGUUCAUGGAUGUGCAACACUUGACCAUUCAUUUUUUGAGACCGUGGGAAGAAAAAACACACACAAACACACACACACAUAAACUAGCGAUUAUUUAUAGCCGUGGUUGUAAAUAUGAGACGGACCAAAGAAGGAGGUGGUGUGAAAAUUCAGAAAAUGUCAAAUAGUCCAUAAAAACAAAAGAAAAGUUAUGAGUUCAGACUGCAUGGACCAGCAGCUGGAAGGACUGUUCAGCCGAGGAGCUAAGAGGGAAACUAUACUUUUGUUUCUGGAAAAAAAGAUGAAGAUCACCUUAAUCAUCCUGCGCUAGCUCCCAGUCAUCCAUGUGGAAAAAAUAUUCUCAAUGUGGAAAUGGUUUUACUGAAUGUAUGCCAACUUAUUAAUGUAUGUAGAAGUGGGAGAGAUGUCUAAAUACCUCCAGUCAACCCAUUUAGGUCCAUCACUUUUUUGAAACUUAAAAUAAGAGUUAAAGGACCAGUGUGUAACAAUUAGGGGGAUCUAUUGGCAGAAAUGGAAUCUAAUAUUAAUAAGUAUGUUUUUCUUUAGCGUGUAAUCACCUGAUAAUAAGAAUUGUGUUUUCGUUACCUUAGAAUGAGCCGUUUAUAUCUCCAUUGGUAGCGGGUCCUCUUCACAGAGUCCACCGUGUUUCUACAGUAGCCCAGAACGGCUUGUGCCGGAGUCAAUAAUGUUACUCGCUCUCGUCGCAGCCGCUCUCUCUCUCUUGCUUCACCACUCACUUCCCACGUACACACACACACUCUGAGCACUGGCUCUGCUCCAGAUGACCUCCGCUGCUCUUACAACAACCGGUUCUACAGAGGGACAUUCACGUUUUCACGCCGGCCACCAUCGCAAUCCAACACGCUUGGCACAGGGGAGAGGCUUCAGUUGGUUGCAAUCUGCAACCUCAACGCUAGAUACCACCAGAUCCUACACACUGUUCCUUUAAGACGAGGUCCAAUGCAUUUUUAUUUUCUCCCCUAAAAUCUUGAUUGAAGACUUUUGUUUUAUAAAACAGUAAUUGUUGUCUGUUAGACUGGUUCAUUGAAAUGUGACGAUGAUGAAAAGGGGGGAGGUCACCUGUCUGUCACGUACUGGUUCAAACUGUCCCAGUCUAAAGGAUGGUGUAGUUACACUUGAAUCUGAAUGAGUGGCUCUUCCAGCUGGCUUGGGAGUGAAUCUGAUUGGCUGUUUACACUCAUGAGAUAAAUGCUGCUGUAACUCAGGUUCCGUAAACACUCCGGUUUGGAUUUAACACUUUAACGGACAAGGCUGGUUGAAAGAAAUAACAUGUUUGUCUUGAGAUAAAGUCAUUUUAAUAUAUUUGUAUGUAAUUGCACUAUUCAACACAUUUAGUGAGUCUACUGUAAAUUCUCAAAUAGCUUCUCUGGCCUUUAUUACAUCAAUGGCAGAGAGAUCCAGGGCUUUAAAGACAGUCUUUUAUUCUUAAAUAUCCCUGCUUCCCAAUUAAUGCAAACUUCCACAUGUUUACCUGUCAUCUUGAUAAAUUCAGCAUAAUGUCCAUUUCUACAGCACUAAUUCCUG